GUAGAAACGACGCGUGACGAGGGAAGUUUCAAAUAGAAGCGCGUAAGGAGGGAACCGCUGUAUUUUGGAUUUUCUCCUUCGUCUCGAAAAUAUCAUGUCGGGGGAAUUAGAAGACCUCACUCGGCACAUAAACGACAAGAUAUCAUCCAUAAGAAGGGUCUUGGAGCUGCGCAGUCUCGCGCAAGAUGCUGACAAGCGGAAGAUUCUCCUCAAGGUAGGGCAGGACGUCCUUGAAAUCAACGGCCUGUUGGACCAGCUAGAGAAACACAUUGGGCAGCAGAGGUACAUGCUGGCAUGCUUAAAGGAACUUGAAGAGUUCUUCCUGGAGGAUGUGCGAGAUGGAAGUCACCUGAAGGACAAUACCCCAGCCUAUAUGCCCAGGAAAAGCCAGCCAGUAAUCAAUGGUCUGGCUCCAGCUCAGAGCAAGACUUCAGAGGUACAGGUGGCCCCAGAAAAAGACCAACCUCGGAAAAAUACCCAUAAUCCCACACGGGAAAUGGAGUACAUCACUGUGCAGGAGUUUGACAGCAUUCCUCCAUAUAUGAGAGGCCGUGUGAUGCACGGCCAGCUCAAUGCUGUGGUACAGGGGAUAAACGCAGCUGUGACGGGGAAGUACAGCAUCCUGCAGCAGUCGGCCAAGACACUGAGCAGCGCCUCACGCAAACUGCACCAGCGCUUCAAGGACGAGGAGACCAAGGAUACCAAAGGGCAUUUCUUCGUGGUGGAGGCUGACAUAAAGGAGUUCACUCAGCUGAAGGUGGACAAGCGCUUCCAGGGUAUGCUGAACAUGCUGAGACACUGCCAGCGGCUACGUGAGCUGCGGGGGGGCGGCCUGACGCGCUACGUCCUGCUGUAACCGGACCCCUCCCCGUGGUGCGGGCUACAGCCCUGCAGAUUGAGAGGUUUCCAUCUGGGCCCCAGGGCCUGGCGGAAAAUGCCACAAACAUUCCCAUCUGGGUGUCAGGCCAGGUCAUAAUUCUCAGUGCCUGAAAAGCUCAGUAACAUUCUGGUGGUUCUUUCCAUUUCCUUUCCUUCUGGCCUGGAUUGGCUGGACCCUGUGUUAGAAGCAUGAGGGAUCCUGUGAAAGUGAAAUGGGUCAAGGCUGCCUAGCUUACGUAUGUGCAACUCAAACACUCUUCUAACCAAACAUUGCUGUGUGCUUUUCCUGUUCUUUGUUUUGUACAAAAAUCUUUUCAUUUGAGAGAAAGGAAGAGCCGGAGAUAAAUAAAUUCAUUUCUUUAUUAAAGGUUACCAUAAUCAAA